AUGAACUAUCAUAUUCAAGUUCGCUUUGACGAUGGAAUCACAUGGAUCGCCCGUAUCCGCAGGUUCAAUGCCACGUCUCCCCCAGCAGCGUUACGAGAUUACAUCAUUCAGAGUGAGGUUGCAACUCUUAGGUUUUUGGAACAGACUGCUGUUCCCGCCCCAAAGGUUUACGAUUUUGCACUCGAGCAUCCUAGCAACCCUGUUGGGGUUGGCUUUAUUCUAAUGGAUAAGUUACCCGGCAGGUCCCUGAGGUGGUCCAUUGCAACUCAAGAACAGAGGAACAAGGUCAUGGAUCAGCUUGCCGACACAUUUAUAGAGCUUCAUAAAUCCCCCUUCGAUCUUCUUGGCUCGCUUGAUAGUCCUGGCGAAUCCCAUGUCGGCGCAUUUGCUCGGGAAUCGCUCACCAACCUAGUGGAUUCCGAAAUGCGAGCCAUUGGGCCCUUUUCUUCUCUCCAAGAAUAUCACAUCGCCUCAAUUCAACUCAUCUUGGAUUUAAUCAUCCAAGAGGAAAUGUACUCCCAGCAAGCAGUGGAUGCUUACUUGAUCCACCGAUAUCUCCUCGACUUGGUCCCGCGGGUAUUACCAUCAGCCUUUGAUGACAACAAGUUCUAUCUGAAACACGGAGACGACAAAGGCGAUCAUAUUCUGGUCGAUGAGAGUUUCAACAUUACUGGCAUUAUCGACUGGGAGUGGGCUCACACUGCUUCGCCUGCACAUGCCUUUAACUCUCCCAUUGGCUUUUUACCAGUUGCAGACUUCUACCGUGGUGAAAACAACCUGGGUAGCGACGAGGUCAUUUUUGCACGCCUGCUUGAGGAGAAGGGCCAUCAGGACUUGGCCCGUUUUGUUCGAAAUGGUCGGUUACAACAUAGGUUCGCUUUCUGCUGCGGAUAUGAUCUUGCCGACUGGGACGGAUUCCUGGGCCUGUUUCGAGGGCUUCGAGAUGCUGUGGACGUGGACGGGGGUUUGGAAUGGAGUGAGUGGAAAGCCGUCGCGCUGCAACGCUACCAAAACGAUCCUGGGUUGCAGCUCCUGCUAGCCAGGCAUAACGACUCCCAGAUUGAUUAA